GUCGCGGCCUCAAAAAUACACCGCAACCACACCGCGCGGCUCCACCACAGAAGCCGCCACACCACCUUCCACCGCUUCCGCCACCACGGCCUGCCUGACUGCCUCUCUUCUCUACUCUUGUGCCGUACUCUCGUCGUCCACCAACGUAACCGAAACGAGACCGCGCGUACGGAGUCGUAACACCCUAUUUAACCUUAUACAUUCCAUGCUUUACCGGCUAUCAGUGGAAACUAUGGUUUAGGAUACCGGAACGUGCCACCGAAAGCAACCAACACCGGAAAUCCGUUGUGCCAUCGCACUCGAGACGCUUCGCGGUUUCUACGAUUUUUUUCUCUUACCGAUCAGUCGGUCUUCUCCAUGUGUUCUGCUCUUUCGAUCUCUUAUUUGGAUACUUUCAUCUGUGGAAACGUGGUGAAGACAAAUAUCAACGGUCGAGGAUCCCACUACUCGCGGGCAAAGACGUUACGAUCGGAGGGAAUCAUCGACGAGUGAUGUUCGUUGAGCACAUUGAAUUGCAGUGAACAGUGAAACUUUGUGAAUUCCAAAUUUUCCAACCCGAGGAAAGUUUACUUUUAAACUGGUGCACUUAAAAACAUGCAGCGAAGUUUUUUUUAUUAAUUAACAUAUUCUGGGGGUGCGUGACAGCGACUUUUGUCGGCGGGAUCGUUACUUGAGUCGGCAGAUCUUCGAUCUUCACGCCGAUUUUCGUUCUCUUGCGCCGGAGUUUUGUGGUCGAUCGGAGCAUCCGUGACUGCUUACCGAAUCACGGGCUCCGGUGCAGUGUAAUUGAGCUUGCAGUAAACUCUCAUCCGGUCAGUUUUCAUCGGUCUACGCUGCGAGUUAAGUUCGAAGGAUUCUUCGCCAACGUAUUCAGCAUGCGCACUCGAUUGUGAUGAAGUUUCGACGCACUUGUCGACGGCGGCAACAAUCGCUCACGCUUCGUCAUCGGUUUAAUUGAGUUUCAGUAUCCCUCGAGUUGCACAACUUAGGUAGAGAAUAAAAUAAAAGAAAAGGGAGGAAAAGUAGAGCCAGCCGGUCCGAGGCGAAGGAAUCCCCGGCCCCGCAAUCGCCUGACGAAAACCUCGGAUGCUCUUCGAACCCUAACAAAAGAGGGGUAAAGACGAAAAUACGAAAUAAACGGCAUCAAGCCCAAAACACGGAUCAGUCUUUAGAUUCCAAUAAAACGAAUUUUCUCCGCGACUUGGCAUUCGAGAGUGACGCUAAGGAUAAGUAGGCAAAGAACAAGAAGAAUUUGCAAACGGAUGCUGCCGCUGCUGAUGCUACGGUGCCGGGGAACCGUCAUGGGAUAAUGAAAUAAGGAUCAAAGGAUCGGCGAGGGCUGGCUUUCGCUGAGGGAAACCUAGAACUCAGCCCUCAGCCCGUUUCUUCUUCUCUUCUUUUGCUCCAUCGGAUUCAGCCGCCGUCGUUUUUUUUUUCACCGACAACUACAAAUCUAAUUCCAUCUUUGCAAGGGGAUUGACGAAGAUCGGGGUUUCGAUCGUCGGCAUAACCUUGCGGUUGGAUCGACGAUCUCAGAGGGUGUUAAAUACGUGUUGCCGGGCCACCGAUCGCUUCCAUUCUCACCCCGAGUGUUUUCAAAAGAUCGCCAAGCACCCCGGAGGCUGGGGAAUUCGCUGGAGUUUCCCAGCAGGUCGAGAAGAAAUUCUCCAAUUUGGGAUCUUCCAGCAACUGCCAGAUUUUUUGUGUCCAUUCAUUUUUUUUCAACGUCCCACAGACAGCAAUUGCCACCUCCGUCGCAGGAGGGAGAGGAAAAUAAUUCAGGCGGACUUUCGGUGACGAAGCCGAUGACUCAUUUCCCAUGACGAAUCCUCUGCGCGACGUACGACCUGAGGAACGUCCUCUGGGCCUGGACUACCAUCCAGAUCCAAGAAUAACUCGGCAGCCUCUCCAAUCAUCCACGCAGAUCGGCGGCGUUCGACUCCGGAAGACAAGACGCUCGUCCUCCAGGAGGAGAAUGCACCUUACGAAUGAGACUCCUUCUCAAGAACCUAAUCAAGGUUCGGCUUCAGCUAAUAAUCACUCCUCCGAGUACACCAUCACUGCGGAUAUCCUCGCGGAACGAACGCUCGACGGCCUGCUCGCAGAACAUCCUGGCGAACUCAUCCGGACAGGUUGUCCUCAUGUGGUCUGCACCGUUCUGCCACCUCACUGGCGAUCCAACAAGACCCUGCCAAUGGCAUUUAAGGUCGUGGCGUUGGGUGACGUCGACGACGGGACCGUGGUUACUGUUUGCGCUGGAAACGACGAGAACUUUUGCGCCGAGCUGAGAAACUCAACAGCCUUUAUGAAAAAUCAGGUUGCCAAGUUCAACGACUUGAGAUUCGUUGGAAGGAGCGGCAGAGGAAAAAGUUUUACGCUCACGAUAAUGCUGGGAACCUCGCCGCCCCAAGUUGCAACCCUCUCAAAAGCGAUAAAGGUCACCGUCGAUGGGCCCAGGGAGCCCAGAUCGAAAACAAGACAGCACGCCUUUCAUCCCUACCACUUUGGACCACGGCCAUUUCCCUUCGGACAUCCGCAGGACACCCUGGCAUUCAAGCUGUCCGGUCUUCAACACUUGGGCCUUGAACAAGGCACUGGUCAAGGAUGGGGUGGCUUACUGCGAGGUUCAUUACCCCCACAGUGUCUUCCACCCCCCACGGGCAUCCAUUCUCAACAACAGCAACAGCAACAUCCUCACCCACCUGCUGCUGGCGGUGUCUCUGCCUUCAACCUCUUCCAUCAUGGCAUGGAGCAAAGAUCACCGCGGUUAACAGGACCCCCGUCAACGGAUUCGACGAGCAGAAAUGAUCUCGGGCCGAUAAGUGUCUCCGUUCGAGAAGCUACCCCGACCGCGUCACCGGAGAAUCCACCGACAGGACCUGGCUUACUAACGACAGCUGCGGUCACUCCGCAAACCCCACCUGCGGAACCUGCUACGCCAACGACUGCUAACACUCCGAGUCCAGCGGGUCAACAUUUGCACUUUCAAGGGCUCUGUAGGACCCUCCAAGAUUUCGCAGGCCGAGCGAGCGGCUCGCUGUUCGACUCGAUAUUCGGUCCGCUUCUCCCGCAAUCGCCCUGGAUCUACAAUCCUCUGUCUUAUCCACCGCAGCAGUAUAUCAUGGAGCCUGAGUGGUAUGCGUUCACCCUGAGGUCCGCGCAGCAGCGUCGCCAGAGGCAGGAUCAAGCGAGUUUGGAAGACCUGAGGAAGCUUCGAAGUUCGAGCGCGAGUCCGAGCGAUGAUCCGAAAGUCGAGAGACGCAGAAACGGUGUUGAAAUUCACGAAAUUGAGAACGGCAACGGUGAAACGUUGAGGGAGACCGAAAGUCCUGAUGGCAGUAUCGAGGUCGACGAUAGACACGACGAUCAGGAUCAAAAUACUACGGAUUUAGCGAGAAGCGAAGAUUCUCUUGCCGAAGCUGAUUCCCCGAGGAUUUCGCCACUCGAGGAUGAGGAAGUUCAUUUGGGCGACAACACCAGCACGAGGGAAUCGUUCAGGGAAGCGAGCAAGCGGCUCAGACCCAGCAUCGAGAAUCUCAACGAUUCUGAAGUUCAAUUGGAGCUGGAUCACGUGACCAGGAGAGGCGACCUUACGGUUAAGAUAAGGCUCGAGGGCACCGUCGAUCUCAGCACGAAACGGAGUUGUCAAGACAAAGAAAACGUCGGACAGGAUCUUACGACGACGAGGCGAAAGGACGAGGAGGUCGACGUUGAGAGGGAGCUCGUCAGGCCACGCAAGGACAGAAGUCCUAGGCCCAGACAAGUCUGGAGACCUUAUUAAACCACGAUAACUCACAAAUCAAUGAAUAUUCGAUCUCGUUUUCGCCGAUAUCAAAUCGGGCCUUGAAAUUUUAUUGAACUCUAACUGGUUGAGUUUGAGAUUUAUCACUAUUUACAUCCGGCCUCACUUUCGAUUCGUCAACCGAGGAAAAAUGUAUUCGGUGAAUAAUAGCGACGAGGCCACACCGCGGACGCCAGUAGAACUCGAUCGAGGUCAAACGCCUCAUUCAGUUUUACAUAUAUCAAAGCGCUGCGUGUGUUUUUUAGUAUACUGUUUUCAAGGACUCGAGGACUAACCAGGGUUUACGUUCGUAAUUCGAAAAAAAAAUGUGUAAAUAAUAAUAAUAAUACUGUAACAACCGAUGUAUCAUCAACCAAUCCCGUUUAUCAAUAUUUUAUCUUAAGAUCCGUACGAGUGUCGCCAUCUUUGACGGUGAAGAUCAUUCGAGUAUGAGAAAAGUCGAGUACCGUUGAAUGCUAAAGCUUCUGAUUGAUGAGUCCAAUAAAUAUUCAUGGACGGUUGAAAUCGUCGAGGAUUAUCGACGUGACGAGUGUAAAAUGAUUCGUUUUAUGGGCCAGAUGAUGAACGUUCUAAGAGAGAUUUAAGGGACUCGAACGAAAUGAUAUCCAAGCCCUUUCGUGUUGCUGUACAUAAAGUUAAUUAAGAAUUGAAAAAUGAACACGAAAUAUUCGAUAAAAUUGUAAAAUAAGGUGAAAAUGUUGGCCUCAUCAAUUAGCAGACUGUCGCAAACCUCGUUCUUAUUCACCAGAAUGUCCCUAUCGAAUUCUUUUCACCCUUUUCGGGAGAAUCUUCAUAAGUCUUUGUCUUCUUAAUAAGUGAAUGACCUUAAUGGGUCGAAAAUCUGUUUAGGUCUGUGAACCAAAGCGAAUAAAAAACGUUUGUUCCAUUA